AUACGAAUCGUUUUCUGCACAAAUGCAUUUUGAAGUUUGUUUAUUACAAGCAUUUAUCCGACAAGUGUUCGGUGAUCGCAAAGAAUUGCUAUUAAUGAAAAGGGCGAGAAAUUACGCAUCAUGUUGAAACGCAAGCUCGAUAGGCAAACGAAGGCUCUUGAUCUAAGGAAAACUGAAUCAUCAGCUUUGGAUUCAAUACCGACAAUCGACCAACAAUUUUAUGCCUUCGAGUGCAAGUUAAAUGAAGAACUAGGGCAUCUGGUAUUGCCAAAGGAGAUUUCUUGUGUUUACAAUCCCGUCGAGUAUGCGUCGUCCUUACAUUGCGCGUACCUAAAAAAGUAUUUAAGUGGAACCAAAAAUGUUGUAUUUAUUGGCAUAAAUCCUGGUCCAAAGGGGAUGUGCCAGACAGGCAUACCUUUCGGCAACGUUGGCACCGUCAUUAAGAAGAUGCAACUCUCGGGUGUAGUGCAGCAGCCGCCCUUGUUGCACGAUAAACGACCUGUUACAGGUUUAGAUUACAGAACUGAGGAGCAGAGUGGAUUACGUUUGUGGAAUCUAUUUGAGGAAUUGGCUGGCAGCUUGGAUAUAUUUUUUCAACAAUGCUUUGUCCACAACUUAUGUCCUUUGGCCUUCUUUGAUGAAAAAGGUGGGAAUGUAACACCUGACCACCUGAAGGGCGAUUAUAAGACGUUGAUACGAGACAAGUGCUUGAUGACAUUAGAUAAGCAGCUCGAGCUGUUGCGGCCACAAUUCAUUGUGGCUAUUGGAUCGUGGGUUGAAAUAGAGCUCAAAAAGAGAUCGUCUUAUUGUAAAUCAAGCGCAACAGUGAUUCGUUUAAAACAUCCAAGUAUGCGUGUGCCCAACAAUACAAAGUGGUCAGAAGAGGCGAAAGCAUUGCUGGAGGAAAAAGAUCUAAUCAAAUACAUAUGUAAUAAGCCAGAAGGCUAAAUAGUGUUAAGUGAAGAAACGGAAGCUCAUCUAAAUAUGU